CAUCUUGGACUUGUUCCCCCACUCUCUAUAUACGCUAGGUUCCUCACACGAAAAGCAAAAACGUCGAACCUUCAGGACCAGACUGCCGAGCCACUCUCUUGCGCGCAUCACACGGAUCGUCCAGCGAACUCUCUAUACGAAAGCCACCAUGUCAGACGUGCCUCUGCUCGUGAGGUCAGACACUUCAUCGUCCGAGCGGCGGGUGUCGCCCUCGUGGACCGUGGCCACACUCAAAGCCCGUCUGGAGCCCAUUACCGGUAUACCCGCUUCAUGCCAAAAGCUCAGCUUGAAGAUCGCCUCGCAAGCGCCGCAACCGAUCGAGGCGGCCGACGAGGAAGCUGCGGUAAUCGGAGCAUGGCCGCUGCAAGCGUAUGCAGAGCUACAGGUUACCGACACCCGACCACCGGGUGCGCGGACCAACUACACCGACGUAUCUGCGGUCCAGAAGUAUGAGAUGCCUGCCGAUGAGUACGAAAGCCGCACAGAUAGCGUAUUGGCCUGGAAGAAAGCGCAGAAACUUGGUCGAUUCGAUCCCAACGCUCCGGACAUCAUCGAGCAAAAGGUUAACGUCACGUACCGUGAAGUGGAAGAACGCGGCAUCAAGCAAGGUGCGCGCUGUCGACUGCUGCCGGAGAACGACCAUCGCCGAGGAACCGUGCAGUACAUCGGUGAUGUGCCAGAAAUUCCUGGCGUGGGUGCGUGGAUCGGUAUCGCGCUGGACGAACCAACCGGCAAGAACGACGGCAGUGUGGAUGGAAAGCGCUACUUCGAAUGCGACCCCAAGUUUGGCGUAUUCGUUCGCGCAGAGCGGGUGGAGGUCGGAGACUUCCCAGUCGUGGACGAGUUCCCCGACGACGACGACGAAUUCUGA